GGUCUUUAAAUCAAACAUACACACCUCUGCUUUUUAGCAGGAAUUUCACCACAGACGAGAAAGGCAGGAGGGGAGGGAAUUGUUUUGGGUGGAGCGUAGAACCCCAUGAGGCGAUUUUCUCUGUUUUGGAAUCAGUGUGGAUCAAGUUAAAAGGAAGAAUGAGGACGUUGUUUGUGCUCCUGCUUUUAUUUGCCUCUGUGGAGGUGAGAGCUGCUGCAUCUGAGCCAAAAGCAGAGAAAACAGAACAGACCAAAGCUUCUUUUUCUGGUAAACUGCUGGUGGUGCCCAUGGAUGGGAGCCACUGGGUGGGCAUCAAAGCCAUAGCGCAGGAGCUGGGUCGGAGAGGUCACAGCGUUACCGUGGUGAUCCCGGAGGUCAGCAUGCGCAUGGGCCCGGGGAAACACUACGACACUCUGCCUCACACGGUUCCCUACGGACAGGCUCACAUCGACCACAUGGUGUCCAUGCACAAAGGUAGCUUGGUCAGAUCUGACGGACCUUUCAUAGAGAGGAUGACGACCAAAUUCCAGCACAUCAAGAGGGUUAUAGACUUCAUUCACGUCACCGCAGAGAGCCUGCUCUUCAAUGACACCUUCAUCGCUCAUUUGGAACAGCAGAAAUUUGAUGCAGUUUUGACGGACCCGGUUAUCCCAUCAGGCUCACUAAUAGCUCGGAAAUUAGGUCUCCCCACCAUCAAUCUGCUGAGAGGGAUCCCUUGCUCCUUAGACAUACAAUCUGCAGGCUGUCCCUCUCCUCCAUCAUUCGUUCCUCGGUUUUUUACCGGUCUCUCAGACAAAAUGAACUUCAAGGAGAGAGUUAUCAACACUCUGGUGGCUUUAAUAGAACCUCUGUUCUGUCGGCUGCUGUACUGGCGCUUCAACAAUAUAGCUCAUCAGUUCUUGAAAGAAGAGGUGAGCGUGGGAGAAGUGCUGUCAGAUUCAGACAUCUGGCUCCUCAGGAUAGAUUUUACUCUGGAGUUUCCUCGGCCUCUCAUGCCAAAUAUGAUUCUGGUUGGUGGGAUCAACUGUGAUCUGAGAAAACCCCUUCCAAAAGAUCUGGAGCAGUGGGUGUCAGGAAAGCACGGAUUUAUCGUCUUCACUCUGGGCUCUGCGAUAGCAGACUUGCCUGAAGAGAUCACCUCAGUCUUUUUAGAGGCCUUCAGACAGAUCCCACAGACAGUUAUAUGGAGGUACACUGGGAAGGUUCCUGACAACAUUCCGAAGAAUGUGAAGCUGAUGAAAUGGGUUCCUCAGAACGACCUCCUGGCACAUCCUGGAGCUCGAGCGUUCAUCACUCACGCUGGUUCUCAUGGUACCUUUGAGGGUUUGUGUCACGGAGUCCCCAUGUUGAUGGUUCCAAUUGCGGGCGACCAGCCGGAUAAUGCAGCAAGGAUGGCAAAUAGAGGAGUAGGAAUUGUGCUGGACAUCACCACCGUGACCACAGAAAGCCUCCUUCAGGGGCUGAACGAGGUCAUCAAUGAUACCAGGUACAGGGAGAACAUCCAGAGGCUGUCGGCUCUUCAUAAAGAUCGUCCCGUCGAUCCACUUGAACUUUCAGUUUUCUGGACUGAGUUUGUCAUGAGACACAAAGGAGCGAAGCACCUGAAAGCUGCUGUGCACGAGCUCAACUGGAUCCAGUACUACUGCCUGGACGUCGUAGCACUGCUAGCUGCUGUGGUGCUGCUGUUUGUCAUCCUGACAGUGAAAUGUAUGAAGCUGUGCUUACAGAAGCUGGGGAGGAAGAGGAAACAGGACUAGCACUAUCACAGGACUUUUUUUAAAAAAUAAAAGAAAUAUUUUUUAAUUAUUUCUCGUCAGUAAAAGCCUGAUCGAGUAAAUGUUUACAAUAAAAACACUUGAUGAGUAAAUCUA